UACUCUUUUUUCUCUUCUGUCACCCUUGCAUCUCAAAAUCCACCUUACAUCUUAUAGCACAGUUGCCAUUAGAUGUUGUUGAGACUCCAUCUCCCAUUGCCCUGGACCAUUGGCAACACUAGCUGGGAGUGGUGGGUGCUGGAGUUCGAUGAUAUUUAGAGAGAUACAGCUUCAUAAUGUUGUCCUCUGUCCUCUACUGAGCUCCGGUCUUUGAACACUUCCUCAAGGUUGUAGGAAUUGUAUUUCAGCAGCCAGUUACUUAGUAACUUAACUUCUUUUCCCACACAUAUCCCUUGCCUAGUGCUGUGGGCAGCCCAUUGAUCUCAGUGGAGCGCUCUCUGGAAUAGCUAUACUCAACAUUCCCAGCAUGCAUGGAGGCUCCAACCUCUGGGGUGAGACCAAAAGACCUUUGGGGGAGGCAGCAGCACGAAGCACAGCAGGCGGAGCAGCACAGCCCCAAGUCAUCACUGAUGCUGAAAUCCUAAAGAACUGUGUACAAGACUUAGGUGAUUGUCGGAUGGAGGUGGUAGGCCUGGAGGGUGUGAUCGAGAUGGGGCAAAUCUACACCGGACUGAAGAGUGCAGGCAAACGCCUAGCCAAGUGCUCAGAGAUCACGCUGCG